AUGGAGUAUAUAUUAAGUUUGAUUAACAUUCAAUGUAAUAAAAACUAUGUUCCUUUUGACACAGUUUCUUAUAAAAGGGCUUUGAGAAUAGGAUCAAUCCCAUUAACUGUUAGAUAGGCUAAUAAAGACCAUUUCACAAGAUUAGCCGAAUCAUAAAAUAAUCAGUUGAAUUGGUUUAAACUGUUACCAUUGACAUUAAGUAAUUGGCAACAGAAAAUUAGGAUAAAUUGA